AUGAAGCAUAGCUGCCUCUUACUAUUCACAACAGCUGUCCUCCUCUGCCUCAGCGUAGUACAGCCUAAAAGACAAAGGAAAAGAGCUACACCAAAACCUGGGUAUUGCCCGGAAUUUUUUCUUGAAUGCCCAUUUGUCCUAAUAUCCUUAUGCAAGCUUGAUAAAGGAUGCAAGGGCAUCAAAAAGUGCUGUUUCUUCUACUGUCAGAUGAAGUGUGUGGAACCUUGGACAACGUUGACUUGA